GACCAAUUGGCAGUUCCUGAGUUUAGGCAUGUCCGAACGACCGAGUUUUAGGUGCCCGAAAUGUACAUCAUUUCCAACCCCGGACCAUUUCGGACAUUCGCUCAUUCCCAACUGCGAACCCAUGGCGGACCCUCUCAAGUUGAGUCAGAUUUCGUGUUCUAAAUGCAAGGAAAGAAAGGUCAAAUGUGAUCGUAUCGUACCCAAAUGUAGCCGUUGUGACGUACGCGGCGUUGAAUGUGUCUACCCACAUCGCAAUAAACGAAGGCCAGUCGGGCGACCAGGCAACGAUAGCUCCAUAUACAGUACGGGCAAUACGCUGGCCACAAUAUUGGAAAGAUUGCAACGUGUCGAGAACAAAUGCGUGACUCUUCCCCAGUGGCAACCACCGGGGGAUUCAAGUGAUGUCAGCUCCGCCAAACAGACGAUCUCUAUAGAAUCCCUUGUCCGGCCAAGCACCGCGACUGCUUUAACAUCUGAGGCAGUCAGCAAUCCAUUGGGCUCAAUCUUCCCAUGGUCACUUGAUACGCCUCCCUUUCAAGAUGAUUUCGACGCUGUCUCAACCUUACAGUCCGCAAUUGAUGAGGUUGAGAAGCGGGUCCAUCGCCAGGCGGCAAAGUCAGUAGUCAGGGAUGCUAUUCAUAUACCCAAAGAGCUAGCUAGGACCUGGGUUGAGUCAUUCUUCCGUCACAUGCAUUCUGACAUGUUCGUUAAUCUGAUUGAUAGGAAGUUGAUUGAACUCAUUCCUGAACUGGUUGAAAUGAACCACGUACAUCUUGAUGGUUCAAUAACGUUCGUUUACUAUACUGUGUUGUAUUUCGGUUGCAGCAUUACAGCAUCUACGCCGAACUCUGCUGACAUCCAGUACUGCAAGGCUGCAUACAUUUGCUGCUUGCGCGCGCUGCCUGAGUGGCAGAGAGAGGCGACGGGAUCGACGACCGAUCUAAUAGCGGCGUUGUCUAUGGUCAUGAUUUGUGCAGAGUCAUUCAAUUUCGAACUUGGCUGGCAGAUGUACAAUUUGGCUUGCGAGUAUGCGCAGAGCCUCAAUCUACAGAGCCUAGACGUGUAUGGUUCUUCUUCGAUAGCAUCAGAGGGGACAAGCGAUGGUGACCGCAAAUCCUUUUGGGAGCUGAUUCAGAUCGAUUUAUUCAUACAACUCGUCUUUGACAAGCCACCGCGCAUUACCGCCACGACUUGGAAAGUCAACAUGCCGUGGUUGAAUCCGGACUCACAACCCAAGGAAAAAGUCGAGGCUACGUUGUUUUUAUGUGGUUCCCGUAUUACUCUCAUUUUGAUGAGAUUCUUUUCCAUGUUGGAAAUGGCAAGUGAUGACAGCCGGGGAGAACUGAUGCAAGAGACGGAGGCUUUGUGUCAAGAAAUCCAGGAGCUGUAUACUCAAGGGCGGUUGGGCAAGUCGCUGGUAGGAUCGGCCCAGAGUGAGGCCGAUAUAUGGAAGGCAAUCGACGCCAAUUUGAUUGGCUACACUUGCAUUAUCUUCAUGCUGCGCAAAGCAAGAAUGCAUGCUCUCAACUCGCCAAUUCCUUCACCGGUGGACAGUGACCUAAUGGACUCCCUGAUAGCUCUGGAUGCAGCACGGAACAUCAUUAAGACCUCAGAAUCACUUUUAAUCAGGUACCCUUGGCCGACUUCUGUCGCGGCAUUAUUUGGUGCAUUUAAAAUUCAAAUAGCUUAUACCAUUCUCUUCAAUGCCGUCCGUCGGGGCCCCGACAGGAACGCUUACGCAACAGACAUCAGGAUGCUCCAGUCACUUGGUGAAUCCAUCAUCAAGAUUUCCAGCGCCGAGAAGGAGUUCGCGCCUUUGGUGCACGCUGUGCAAGCCCUUAAUACCGAUUUAAAACAGAGAUAUGAUUGGAAUAAGUUCUCUCAUUUAAGAGCAGGUUAACAAUGAAAAUGUCGAUCUC